ACGGGGACCGGGACGGGGACGGGCGGCGGGGCCAUGGCCACGGCGGGGCCGCGGUCCUUCAGCGCCGCCGAGGUGCGGGCGCGCUGCGCGCAGGGUGCCUGCCUGGUGUCCUGCCACCGCCGCCUCUACGACCUGAGCGGCUUCGUGCGGCUGCACCCGGGCGGGGAGCAGCUGCUCCGCCGCCGGGCCGGCACCGACGUGAGCGCGGCGCUGGACGGGCCGCCCCACCGGCACUCGGAGAAYGCCCGCCGCUGGCUGGAGCAGUACUACGUGGGGGAGUUAGAGCCCGGCGACGAGCAGAGCCUSUCUGAGACAGUGGAUGAGAAGGAGGUGGUUGCUGCAGCCCAAACUCCAGAGCAGACAGAAAUCUGCUACAAAACAGUGGCUGUGGAGAAGGACCUGGUAGACUGGCAGAAGCCCUUGCUGUGGCAGGUGGGCCACUUAGGGGAGAAGUACGACGAGUGGGUGCACCAGCCUGUGGAUCGGCCCAUCCGCCUCUUCCACUCGGAUUUCCUUGAGUUCCUCUCCAAAACAGCAUGGUACGUGGUGUUCAUGGUGUGGACGCCCGUGGUGCUCUAUCUCAGCUGGGUCAGCUACACCUCCCUYGCUCAGGGCAAGACCAGGCUCUUCUCCUCCUUCACUACAGAGUACUCCAUCCCCGUCCACAAAUACUACUUCCCCUUCAUCUUCCUCGUGGGGAUGAUCCUGUGGUCCCUGCUCGAGUACCUCAUCCAUCGCUUCGUCUUCCACAUGAAGCCGCCCGCCAGUAACUACUAUCUCAUCACGCUGCAUUUCUUGCUGCAUGGGCAGCAUCACAAGGCUUUGGCAUCAGCACACGCUUCUGGGAUUAUCCUUUCCGGACACUCAUCCCCGAGGAGACCUUCAAGAAAGAGGACUGACAGCCCCAGCCCAGUGCUCAGCUGCUGGCUCCGUCCCCUCCGUCCCCAGCAAGGCCAGCUGGUCCCUGCCCCAUUCCUGGGGGCUGUGCCACAGCAGUGACUCCAAACUGGAGCAUCCCUCUGGAGUGCUGUGGUCCAACUGUGGCGCUGGCAAGGGGAUGGGGGGCUGAGGAUGGGAGGAAAGGGGAGGAGGAGGCUGUGGCUUUCCCUGGGGGACUCCUGUCCUCUCCAGGCUACGGAUGCACGGGCAGAUCUGCUGCCUGAAAGAUGAAGUGCCUGAUGCCACCCUCCCUCCUCCGCUCUGGGACCUUUCCUGUCUUGCCCUGUCUCUCCUGGGGUUCUGUUUCCCAGGACAUCCAACAUGCUGCAGUUAACCCUAUUGCCUAACUCGUGCCAAGGGGAUUCCCAGGCCCGAUCUCAGCACUGGGUUUUCUAAUGGCCUGCAGCCCUUUUAGGGUGGGUCCUGCAGGUCUGGAUUGUGCCUUUUCUAACCAGUGCACCCACAUCUCUCUGCCAGAUUUAUCAAGUUCACAGUUUUCAUAGACAUUGGCUACUUGAAACUCAAACUCCAAUGAAAAGAAUUACUAUGAGAUGCCUUUUUUUUGCUGAUCCAGUGAUUUUAUUUUUUAUUAUUUUUUCCCUAAUGUUUACUGCAGAUAUUUAAAGGUUUGGAAUAAAUUUAUAUGUAAAACUGUAAACACUACAAUUGUAAAUAAACUGUAUAUUUUGAAAAAUAAAACUUUCUAAAAAGGGUCUGGCAAAUGUA